UUCCUUUUUGUCUUUCCUCUGCUUUCUCUCUUGGAUGUCAGAAUAACACGAUACAUUUUUUCUUUUCUUUAUGAAACCAGCAAUGACGUACAGAACAGUGCACCACAGAACAGAACAGGAACAUCCGUACAGGCAACACAGGCACACGAACAGGAGCUCCUUAUCAGUUGAGAAGAUUACACUUUGGCAUCGUUAUCAUAAAGUGGAAAAGACGAUGCUUACCGACUAAGUAUUCCCUUUACUUCAGGACUUCAGGAUGGCCGAGGAAACGCACGUAGUGAGGCUCGACGGCAGUGACCCAGAAGAAGCGGACACAGAGAACACGAGUGAUGAAGGAGAGGAAAUUGAAGAAGAGAAAGAACAAAGGACAAAGGACAAAGAUGCAAAGAAAAUCAGGCAUUCUAAAGUACGGACUUUGCUCCACUUGGCGGUCGAGAGAGAGCAAACGAACACAGUAAAAGUGCUACUUGAACAGGGUGCGAGGGUCGACGAGUGCGACCACAACGGCCGCACCGCCCUGCUCGCGGCCGCGGAAAAGGGCGCCUUGGAGAUCGCCGAAGCCCUUCUGGAUGCCGGUGCCGAUGUGGCCGCAGGGGAUAGCCAAGGCAUGCGCGCGGUGCACCUGGCAGCCGCCGCCGGCAGCGUGGAAAUGCUGGCGCUGCUGAAGGCCCAGGACUGCGACCUCAGCGUCGUCGACCUGCAGGGCCGCUCGCCGCUGCACGUGGCCGCUGAGAGAGGGCAGGUCAGCGCCGUCCAGUGGCUGCUGAGAGAAAGGGUAUCGGUGGACGCGGCGAGCGGGAAAAAACAGACGCCCCUGGACGUGGCGAGGGCGCUCGGACACAAGGACGUCGUUGCUCUCCUGGAGGAGGCGCUGCUGGCGGACGCGGAGGACGUCAAGGAUACAGCUGAAGACGCAGAAGAGAGUCUUCCUUCGACAGACAGCGAGAAGGACACGAAAGCCGUGAAGAUAAGGAUGCUGGAUGGAGAUGAGUUGGAUGCUGCAGAUCUGUGUCCUCUCCACCAGUGCGUCUUGGCCGGGGACGCCGAUGCGGUCCAAGAGCUGGUCGACGGAGGGGCAAAUAUACACGAAACGGGACCGGGAGGUCGCUUGGCUGUUCACAUUGCUGUCGAGAAAGGCCACUUAGACGUCCUUGAGACACUGAUCGAGGCAGGCUGCGAGAUAGCCAUGGGCGACGGCAAAGGCCGGCAGCCGGUCCACCUGGCGGCUCUCGGGGGUCACGCCGCCCUUCUGCAGGUGCUCAUCGACCAUUCGGCUUCUCUGCAAAACUACGACAGGAAAGGCAUGCGAGCGAUCCACUUCGCGGCCGCUGGCGGGAGCGAGGCCACCCUCGACCUCCUGCUGCGACUCAAGUGCGACCUCGAUCUCGCGGACGCAUCGAGCCGCACGCCGUUGCACAUCGCCGUGCUGGAGGGCCAGUGCGGCGCCGUCGAGUGGCUCCUGACGAAGGGGGCGACGGCGAGCAAGAGGGACAUCAGGAACCAGAGUCCGCUUGACGUGGCGAGAGCUCUUGGGCGCCGCGACAUCGAGGAACUGCUCGAACGCCGGGCCAGGAGGGCGCCGACCCGCCCACAGAUCCGCCCACAGACUCGUCCACAGAUCCGCCCACAGACUCGUCCACAGAUCCGCCCACAGACUCGUCCACUGAUCCGCCCACUGAGCGUGAUGGCGGACGAGAGAGAGAUGCGGGUGCUCCACCUGGCGGCGCAGGCGGGCGACGCGGGCUUGGCCAGGGCGCUCGUGGAGGGGGGCGCUGAUGUCCACGCCGAGGGGCCCGGAGGCUUCCGGCCCAUCCACUACGCGGCGAGGUGUGGCAGCGUUGAGAUCCUGCAGCUGCUGAGGGAAGCGAAGUGCGACCUGAAGGCGACCACGGCGGAGGGACUCACGGCUCUGCACGUGGCGGUCGAGAGGGGCCACUUCCAAGCCACCAAAUGGCUGGUCGGCUGCGCUGGUCUCGACGCCGCGGGUGCCACGGGCGCCGGUGUCUCCGUGCUAGACUUGGCUCAGAGGAGUGCCAGGAGGAGCGUCGUCCGCUACGUGCAGACGAUCCUCCUAGUAAAAACACUGGCCUCAGGAGAUAUUCCGACCUUACAGAAUCUCUUGCAGAAAGGGUUGGAUGCAGAUGCCGUCCUUGCAAAGAAUAAUGGGAAAGGCCUCCGUGCGGUCCACUACGCCGCGAGCGGAGGCCGCGUGGAGGCGCUGAAGGUCCUGCAGGAGCGGAAGUACGACCUGAAGGCGGCGACGCGACAGGGGCUGACGGCGCUCCACUACGCCGCCAAGUUCGGCCAUCUGCACGCCGUCAGGUGGCUGGCGGAGGAGGCGGGAGUGGACGCGCGCCAGAGGAGCAAGAGGGGCUUCUCGGCGCUGACGUGGGCGCGGAAGGCAGGUCGCGCGGAGGUGGCGACCUACCUGCAGGAGCACCUGCAAAUAACAGAGAAACGUGGCAAGAAAAAACAGAAAGAGAAAGAACACAGGCGAAAGGACUCGGGAACGUCUGACUUGAAUUCACAGAUCCUACUGAUUUCAAGCAAAGGGGACGCAAAGGGCGUGGAGAGGUUGGCGAAUGCAGGAGCUCAUUUGGAGACGAUAAGCUCACUUCCUGCUGAAAAAGGACUUCGCCCUGUCCAUCUGGCUUCUCAGUCCGGCCACGGCUCCACCCUCCAGGCUUUGGUCAGAGCUGGUGCAGACCCUGACUCGAAGGGACCGGAUGGUUUCCGCGCCGUCCACUACGCAUCGAAGGGCGGCCACGUCGAGGUGCUGAAGGCCCUGCAGGCGCUGAAGGUCGACCUGAGGGCCCUGACGGACGCCGGGGAGACGGCCCUCCACGUGGCGGCCGACUGCGGCAACUUGGCCGCCGUCAAGUGGCUGGUGGAACAGGCGGGCUUCAGCGACGCCGCGCUCCUGGCGGGGGAAGGCUCCGCGCUGCAGGUGGCGAGAGACGCUCGAAAAAAGGAUAUUGUAAAAUAUCUAGUGCAUUUCCGGUUAGCUAAUGCUUUGCUCACGGGAGAUGUCAAAGCGCUCGAAAAGAUGUUAAAAGAUGGUAUUAAUCUUGAUCCCAACUACAUAUACAAUAAGGACCAUGGCUUCCGGUCCGUCCACUACGCUGCCAAGGGCGGUCACCUCAGCGUCCUCAGGUUGCUGAACAGAGCGCGAUGCAUACUGAAAGCCACGACGCCCGAGGGCCUCACUGCCCUCCACGUCGCCGCCGCGGACGGCCGCUUGGCAGCGACCAAGUGGCUGGUCGGCUUCGGCGGCCUGGACGCCGCCGGCGUCUCGAGGGCCGGGCUCACGGCGAAGGACAUGGCCGCGCGCGCGGGGAGCGCGGAAGUGGUCGCCUACUUGCAGGACCAUGACGUUUUAAAAGCCCUUUUGGAAGGAGACACCCAGGCAGUCAGAAGAGUACUACAGACACGCACCGACAUCGACAAACUGUGUAUGGAGAAAAAUAUUAAAGGUUUUCAGGCUGUACAUUACGCCGCCAAGGGAGGCCAGGUUCACAUCCUUAAGAUCCUGAAAGAGAACAAGUGCAACCUGAAGGGCGUAACCUAUGAGGGGCUCACGGCCCUGCACUACGCCGUCAGAUACGCCCAACUGGACGUCGUCAAGUGGCUGGUGGAGGAAGGGGAGCUGGACGUCUCCUGCAGGAGCAAGAAGGGAUCCUCCGCCUUGGACUUUGCGAGGAACAAGAAGAAGCAGGAGAUCGCUGCUUAUCUGGAGGGCCUAAAUCAAGAUAAAGAGGGCAGUCGAAGAGCCAGAGGGCGUCCAAAGCUCGAGAAAGAGAUGCCUCUAGUCGUGCAAACCCAGGGAACAGUCACCGACCUGAACUCUGAGAUCCUGAUGAUGGCGCGGAAGGGAGACGCGGAGGGUGUGAAGAGGCUGGCGAAGCAAGGCGCGAACCUCGAAGUUAAAAACCCGCGAGCGAGAGAAAGAGGGCUUCGACCCCUCCAUCUCUGUAGUCUGGCGGGUCACACAGCUGCGCUUGAAGCUCUAGUAGAAUGCGGUGCUGACAUCCACUCCAGAGGACCACAAGGGCUUUCUGUCGUCCACUACGCAUCGAAGGGCGGCCACGUCGAGGUGUUGAAAGUCCUGCAGCAGCUGGAUGCCAAUCUUAUGGUCUUGACGGACGCGAAGGAGACGGCCCUCCACGUAGCGGCCGACUUUGGUAACUUGGCCGCCGUCAAGUGGCUGGUGGAACUGGGAGGUUUUGAAAGGAUUUCUCUGUCGAGGGAAGCAGGCUCCGCUUUCGAUCUGGCGAGGAUUUCUGACGAAAAGGCUAUUGUCCAGUACCUGAUGAAUGUCCAGUUGCUAAAUGCCGUGAUUUGUGGUGAUGUUUCCACUGUCAAAGAACUGAUCGAAGGAGGGAUAAAGAUUGACGAUGUAAAUGUUGUAGGAAAAAGAGAAGGUUUCAGGAUCGUCCACCACGCGGCUCAUUCCGGCGACGUAAGGAUCCUAAAACUCCUGAAUCAGGCGAAGUGCAACAUGAAAGCAGCGGCAGAGAAGGGACUGACAGCCCUCCACGUGGCCGCGCGGGAGGGCCACGCGGCGGCCGUCCGGUGGCUGGUGGAGCGCGGCGGUUUCGCGACAGACUGGUUCGGCGGCGACGGAGUCAGGCCCGGGGAGCUGGCGCGCAGGGAGGGCCAGGAGGAGGUCGCACGCUAUUUCCAGGACAACGUCGAGAAAAGGUAA